AUGAAGUAUGACACUGCCCUGAGGCUAGCUGCCCUGCACAUCCAACAGCAUGCAGUCAGCAACCACUUUGUUGGCAAGAUCUCAAUCAAGGCAAUAGAGUAGGUCAUAAUCUCAGUAUGUUCCAACAUCUUCAGCAUUCAUUAGUGUCAAACAUUAUUAUUAUCCAACAGGCAUUAUUAUCCAUCAAAAUCUGUCUAUAUUCAUUUAGCAUCUUGUCAUUAAAUACCUUUUUGCUAUACAGAUUAUAUAAACAAUGCCAUAAACAAGUGAGCCAUCUCAUCACAACAGCUGAAUCCUCAGAUAAGCCCACCUAAUCCAACAGAUUUCAUUUGUUCUAAUGAUUCUAAGCAGAUCCUAGAUAUAUUUUCAAUAACCACCAAGCACUUAAAAAUCCUGUAAUCAUAAUCCACCAACAUGAUCCUCUUAUAAUCACCAAACACCUCAUAACGUCCAUCUCUUCUCCCCCCUCCCUCCCCCAGGAAAGCCUCCGGCCUGGACAAGUUUGUGGCCCACAGCCUGACCGAGAACAUGAAGAGCAAAGAUCUGCGUAAGAUGCUGGCCCAGUACAUGAAGCUGAACCAAAGUCUGACCGCACCAGGGCAGAAACAGUUGACCGCCCUUCAAGCUAAACUCCAUUACAUGAAAAUAGUAUCAGAGUUGAAAACUUUUGGCUGCC